GGGCGCAGCACGUUAACCCCUCCAAGUCCGGAGCAGCAGCCUGAGCCGCAGCCUCAAGCCAUCGGCUCCUCCAGCGCGGGAGCCCGCUGUCCGUGUAGCCUGCCGGGAGCUGGGGUGCCCUCCACGCCGGGCCACACAGUGGGGAAGCAGGGCGGGCUCCUGCUGCGGGGCGGGCAAGGCGGGCGGGCGGGCGGCCGCCGGGAGCGGACAGGUGUGCGUGCGUGCGGGUUGGCCUCGGGAGCCCGGGCGGCUCUAGACUGGGCCCCCGCCACACGCUCGGAGACCCGGCCUCGCCCAGCCCGUCCUUGGCUUGGGCGAAGGGCGCCCGAACCCUGAGCCCGGGCCGGGCCGGGCCGGGCCGCCCGCAGCUUGGUGUCCGGGGCCGGGCCGGGCCGGCUAGGGGUGGGGUAGGGUGCAGGGGGCCGAGGAGCCGCAGCGCCGGCCCCGCCCGGCCCGCCCCAUGGGCUCAGGAUGCCGGUCCGGAGGGGCCACGUCGCGCCGCAGAAUACCUUCCUGGACACCAUCAUUCGCAAGUUUGAGGGCCAGAGCCGAAAGUUCAUCAUUGCUAACGCCCGGGUGGAAAACUGUGCUGUCAUCUACUGCAAUGAUGGCUUCUGUGAACUGUGUGGCUAUUCUCGGGCAGAGGUGAUGCAGCGGCCCUGCACCUGUGACUUCCUGCAUGGCCCGAGGACCCAGCGCCGGGCUGCUGCCCAGAUUGCUCAGGCUCUGCUGGGGGCCGAGGAGCGCAAGGUGGAGAUUGCUUUCUACCGGAAGGAUGGCAGCUGCUUCCUGUGCCUGGUGGACGUAGUUCCUGUGAAGAACGAGGAUGGGGCUGUCAUCAUGUUCAUCCUCAACUUUGAAGUGGUGAUGGAGACAGAGUUGUCGGGGUCUCCGGCCCAUGACACCAACCACCGUGGCCCUCCCACCAGUUGGCUGGCCCCAGGCCGUGGCCGGACCUUUCGAUUGAAGCUUCCAGCCCUUCUAGCCCUGACGGCUAGGGAGCCAUCCCUCCGGCCCGGUGGCCCGAGGGCUCCAGGGGCUGUUGUGGUGGAUGUGGACUUGACCCCGGCACCUCCUAGCAGUGAGUCCCUGGCCCUAGAUGAGGUGACAUCUUCACUAGAUAACCAUGUGUCGGGACCUCCAGGCCUGGCUGAGGAGCGUCGGGCUCUGGUGGGGCCUGGCUCCCCUAGUAGCGUACCUCUAACACACUCCUCACCUCGGACGCGGAACCUCAACCCUGAUGCCUCGGGUUCCAGUUGCAGUCUGGCCCGGACCCGCUCUCGUGAGAGCUGUGCCAGCGUCCGACGAGCAUCUUCGGCCGACGACAUCGAGGCCAUGAGGGCUGGCACGAUGCCCCCACCCCCCCGCCACGCCAGCACUGGGGCCAUGCAUCCCCUACGCAGCAGUCUCCUGAACUCCACCUCAGACUCGGACCUCGUCCGUUACCGCACCAUCAGCAAGAUCCCUCAGAUCACCCUGAAUUUCGUGGACUUGAAGGGUGACCCUUUCCUGGCCUCACCUGCUAGCGACCGCGAGAUCAUUGCCCCAAAGAUCAAGGAGAGGACCCAUAACGUCACUGAGAAAGUCACCCAGGUCCUGUCCCUGGGUGCAGAUGUGUUGCCUGAGUACAAGCUGCAGGCACCGAGGAUUCACCGCUGGACCAUUUUGCACUAUAGUCCUUUCAAGGCUGUGUGGGACUGGCUCAUUCUUCUGCUGGUCAUCUACACUGCUGUUUUCACACCGUACUCAGCGGCCUUCCUGCUGAGUGAGGAAACCCCACCGGCCCCUGACUGUGGCUAUGCCUGUCAGCCCUUGGCGGUGGUGGACCUCAUCGUAGACAUCAUGUUCAUUGUGGACAUCCUCAUCAACUUCCGAACCACCUAUGUCAACGCCAAUGAGGAGGUGGUCAGCCACCCUGGCCGAAUCGCCGUCCACUACUUCAAGGGCUGGUUUCUCAUCGACAUGGUGGCAGCCAUCCCCUUUGACCUACUCAUCUUUGGCUCCGGCUCUGAGGAGCUGAUCGGGCUGCUGAAGACGGCCCGGCUGCUGCGGCUCGUGCGGGUGGCAAGGAAGCUGGACCGCUAUUCCGAGUACGGGGCCGCUGUGCUCUUCCUGCUCAUGUGCACCUUCGCCCUCAUCGCGCACUGGCUGGCCUGCAUCUGGUACGCCAUAGGCAACAUGGAACAGCCCUUCAUGGACUCGCGCAUCGGCUGGCUGCACAACUUGGGCGACCAGAUUGGCAAGCCCUAUAAUGGCAGUGGUUCAGGGGGCCCUUCCAUCAAGGACAAGUAUGUCACUGCCCUCUACUUCACCUUCAGCAGUCUCACCAGUGUGGGUUUUGGCAAUGUCUCCCCCAACACCAAUUCUGAGAAGAUCUUCUCCAUAUGCGUCAUGCUAAUUGGCUCUCUGAUGUAUGCCAGCAUCUUUGGCAAUGUGUCAGCCAUCAUACAGAGACUAUACUCAGGCACUGCCCGAUACCACACCCAGAUGCUUCGAGUCCGUGAGUUCAUCCGCUUUCACCAGAUCCCCAACCCCCUCCGACAGCGCCUGGAGGAGUACUUCCAACAUGCAUGGUCCUAUACCAAUGGCAUUGACAUGAAUGCGGUGCUGAAGGGCUUCCCUGAGUGUCUCCAGGCCGACAUCUGCCUGCACCUGAACCGCUCCUUGCUACAGCACUGCAAACCCUUCCGAGGAGCCACCAAGGGCUGCCUGCGGGCACUGGCCAUGAAAUUCAAGACCACUCAUGCACCCCCUGGGGAUACACUUGUCCAUGCCGGGGACCUGCUAACAGCUCUCUACUUCAUUUCUCGAGGCUCCAUUGAGAUCCUACGUGGUGAUGUGGUUGUGGCCAUCCUGGGGAAGAAUGACAUCUUCGGCGAGCCUCUAAACCUGUAUGCACGGCCAGGCAAGUCCAAUGGAGAUGUCCGGGCUCUCACAUAUUGUGACCUUCACAAGAUCCAGCGUGAUGACCUUCUUGAGGUACUAGACAUGUACCCUGAGUUCUCUGAUCACUUCUGGUCCAGCUUGGAGAUCACCUUCAACCUGCGUGAUACCAAUAUGAUCCCUGGUUCCCCGGGCAGCACUGAACUAGAUGGGGGCUUCAGUCGGCUACGCAGACGAAAGUUGUCCUUCCGCCGUCGAACGGACAAGGAUGCAGAGCAGUCAGGAGAGGGCUCGGUGGUAGGUGUGAGCAGAGAAGGCACGGGAGCUGGCAGCCGAACACGGUCAGGGGGACCGUGGGAUGAGAGCCCAUCCAGUGGCCCCUCCAGCCCAGAGAGCAGUGAGGAAGAUGAGACCCCAGGCCCUGGUGCCAGCCCUCUCCGUCUGGUGCCCUUCCCCAGCCCCCAGCCUCCCAGGGACCUGCUGGGUGGGGAACCCAUGGCUGAGGAGGCUGAGAAGGGCAGUGACACCUGUAAUCCCUUGUCAGGUGCCUUUUCAGGGGUAUCCAACAUCUUUAGUUUCUGGGGGGACAGUCGGAGCCACCAGUACCAGGAACUGCCAAGAUGUCCAACCCCAACCCCUACUACUGGGCUCCUCAACAUCCCACUGGCCAGCCCUGGCCGUCGGCCCCGAGGUGACGUAGACAGCAGGCUCGAUGCCCUACAGAGACAGCUAAACAGGCUCGAGACUCGCCUCAGCACCGACAUGGCAGCCGUGCUUCAGCUGCUGCAGAGACAGAUGACGCUGGUGCCCCCCGCCUACAGCACCGUGACUCCCCCGGCACCCGGCCUCUCUUCCGACUCCCCCUUGCUGCCUGUCAGCCCCAUCCCCACCCUCACCCUGGACUCGCUUUCUCAGGUUUCCCAGUUCCUGGCGUGCGAGGAGCUCCCCCACGACGGCCCUGUCCGACGCCUCUCCCUACCCGGGCAGCUGGGGACCCUGACCUCCCAGCCCCUGCACAGACACGGCUCAGACCCGGGCAGUUAGUGGGGCAGCUAGGUGGACAUGUGGCUCAGCCCAGGCCCCUGCGGCCCUGCACAACCCUGGGCCCUCUCCCCUACACAGUCUUCACUCCCCUGGGGAGGAGACUGGGGAACGGUCAGAAUGGGGGGAGCUGAGGGGAGCAAUGGGGUCAUGUUCCUUAUCCUCAAUGCUUGGGAUAUUUUCCUCCCACCAGGUUACCCUUGACCCUCCUCCCCGAACCCCCGAGCCCCAGGGAGAGGGUUGGGGCCCCAGGGGCCAGGCUAUGGCACCUCUUGGGGGCGUUGGACAGAGGGUCUCUGGUCCUUCCCCACCCUCCCCCCGGCUGCCCUGGGGGCAUUAGCUGGUCUAACUGCCCGGGAGGGACAUGGCCCUGGGGCCUCAGGCACCUCAAGGACUCUACUGCUAUUUACUGCUCUUAUUGUUAAGGAUAAUAAUUAAGGAUCAUUAUGAAUCAUUAAUGAAGAUGCUGAUGAAUAUGAAUAAUAAAUAAUUAUCCUGAGGAGAAACCAGUGAUGUUGCAGGGCAUUAGGUCUGCAUGGCUGUAUAUUCAUAUAGAGUGAGUUUAUGUCUCAAGUCUUACUGCCUGGGGCAGGAUCCUGCUAGGGUUCCAGUGGGGCUAAGGCAAGCCUUGGCCUCCUUGUCGUGCCGACAGCACUGGAAGACCUCUCUGAUGCCUAAUAGCCUCCGCCCACUUUUCCCAGUUUUAUUGGGUUGAAGACUAGUAAUCUUGACAACUUGGUGACUAGAGAAGGGUGCUCAUGGGCACUGCUAUCUCAUUGGCCACCAAUUGACCCCUAACCCUAGCCUCUGGCUGAUUGCUAGCCUGGGCCCAAGUCCCAGCCAGGGAUUGAUUCCAACUCUUCAUGUGCUGACCCUGUAAUCCUGGCUACUCUCAACCUUAUCUGCUGCUCAGUUCCUUAACUGUCCAGGGAAUCGCUCCUAACUCUAGCCGGUGACUGACCCCUAACUCUGACCACCAAGUGACUUCAUUUCUACCAUGCUUUGGUUCCUAAUUCCAACCAGAGAUUUACCUCCUAACCCAAGCACUGGCUAACUGGCUAAUCCUGCCUACCUUCUGGCUGAUUCCUAGUGGAUGUCCUGAUUUACCUCUAAUCCCUGCCAUGUACUAACCCUUAAGCCUGACCACAGGCUGACCCUCCUCAAAGACUGACCUAAUUCUGCCAAUAGACACAGAUUAAACCCUUAACCCUGACUCUUUACUGGUGCCUAACCCUGGCCAGAAAAUGAUUCCCAAGUUCUAGACACUUGAAAAACUAAUCCCAUCCAGCUGCCUCAUAGAUUCUUUCCUUUGGUCAUUAAAAGGGACCGUGGAUGGCUCAGUGUUAUAUAUUUUUGCUACUGGAUAAAUAACUCAUAGGGUCAUUAAUUUAAUUUAGAGCUAGAUGGAACCUCAGUGAUUACUGAGUCUAAUUCCAACCCCCUCUCACCCCCAUUUCACAGAGAAGGAAACAGAUUUUUAAAUGCCCAAGGGUAUCCACAGGUAGUAAGUGGCAGAAUCAGAAUUUGAACCCAGGUCCUUUUACUGGAACUCCAACACUCUACUACAACACUUAGAUGGAAGGUUUAAAUGAGGGUGUUGCUGAAAACCUGUUCUGCAGAAAUGUGGACUAAUGUCAGGGGUGGUUAGGGAGCCCCUGUCCAGUUCACCAGCUGUCCCCUCUGUUGAUGCUAAUGGGGUCAGAAUAUUUCUUCCCAUUACACUCUCAAUUGAUCAAUAAAUGUUUAUUAAGCACCUCCUAUGUAACAGGCACUGUGCUACGUGCUGGGUAUAUAAAAAGAGGCCCUCAAGGAACUUAUAGUUUAAUGGGGGAGACAACCUGCAAACAAAUAUACACACAAAGUAAGCUGAAUGUGGGAUACAUAGGAAAUAAUUUACAGAAGGAAGGCGCUAGAGUUAAGAGAUGUUAGAAAAGGCUUCCUGUAAGAGAUGGGCAUGCCACCUCAUUUCCUUUUCUGUAAAAUGUCCAUCAAGGACCACUCCAACUCUCCAUCUGUAGUCCUUCAGCCUCUCAGCUCAUGGGAACCUACCUGAAGUCUCCUUUCUUCUUGCACAGGGUAGGGUCCCAGCCAGGUUCCUCUGUGUGGUGAGGCUGACUUGAGUUGGUUGGUUCUCACUGACUAAAUUCUCUAAGCUCCCCCAAUGGUCCUUCCAGAUGGAGGGCCCAAUAUUUAGGAAAAUGAGCCUGUACUUUUAGGACCCACAACCUGGGGAGAGACUUGUGGGAGCUAGUCCCUGGCCAUUCGUUUCUGCCCUUUGGUCUGGCUGACCCGAGGGUAUUGGAGAGGAAAUUCCUAAACUCUUAGAAUGUUAGUGUUUGGAGGGAAUUUUAGAAUUCUUCUAGUCAAAUUGGCUCAUUAUGCAUAUAAAGAAACUGGGUACCAGGGAGGGCAAAUGACAGGAUGAGAUGUAUACUAUGUGAAUGGCAGGGGAAAGAUGAAGACCCACAUUAUCUGAUUCCCAGGCUGGCGUUCUUUCUAUGAGUGUGCAGAUUUUCUUCACCCUGUUCAAGGAGGCUUAACCUCUACCUUGCAUUUUCACAAGGAAAUGGUUGAGGGGUGGACAGAGGCACCAGGUUUCUGAGUACAUCUGUCUGAUGGAAGUAGAAAUAAUGACUAACAGACAAAAAUAUAGGCAG